AAUAAAUGAAACGCGUUUUUUAAUAAAUUAUUAGCCAAUAAAUAUUGUUACGCACGGUACCUUAUACCACAGUCGGCACUUGUCAUGAAAUGUGUUUCUCUUUUAUGGAAUAUGCCUUGUGACACUUCUGUCCGAACACGGGAGAAUCAGUUUGUUUCAACUUUGUUCCUGUUGUCAUUGACCGCUAAAGUCGGGUUCUAUGGAGGCGAGCCUAAUUAUUACAUGAUGGAAAAGUGCGACGGUGGACAGAGAGCAAGAUUUGUGGGUGAAGGUGAAACUGUGCGAACAUUCCCGCUGGUCAUUGGUUCACGGUUCAAUGUUCCGCUCUUGAUCGAUCUCCCGGGAGAUGGCCAGAAAAUUUCCGGGGAAAUUUACGCUGUGAACAAAGAGAAGCUAUCGGUACUGGAUGAAUUCGAGGGCGUGCCCAGCUAUUACGUACGCCGCCAGGAGGAAAUCCUGAUGCGACCCAAAGAACGGAUUGCUACUGACAGCGAGGAGCAGCCUUGUACUUACUUCUGCGACAUGUAUUUUAUUCAAAACCAUAAUCCCAAAUUAUUGCGUUUGCCGAUGAUUGGUCGGUAUUCCUCCUUCGAUUCCCAUGGACUCAGAUACAUUCCUCGAACUGUAAACGGCGGACGAGAAAAGACGGAAGAUAUGAUCCGAUGGGAUUCUUUCCCGUUUGUUGCAGUUACUUUGUGGAGACAGCGUGGAAGAUGUUUGGGAUGAAAUACAUUCACCGGAAGUGCACCUUCCAACCUCCACUGUACCUCCUCCUCCGUGGACGGCUUACAAUCCGCCGAACCAAAGAUAACUACGAUUACUGUAGUCUGGUGCAUCUUCUUCGUUUUCCAAAUCCCUGAAGUCAUUCUGGAUGAAUGUUACCAGCUUUUUGCUGAAUUUUCCGAAGGUGCAUUGGAGGUUUGCAUGUGAGGAAAUGCUGCUUGCAGGAAAUCAUGUUGUUUGUACUUAAACUUUCUGGCCGUGGUUGUUGCUUAUAUCGGAACGGCACUCUGUGCUCCUUGUGGACUGGAUGUAAAUAAAUCGUGAAAAUUCUAAAAACAACAUUAUUCCGUCUGUUGCGUGCAAACGCUCUGUAUCUGUAAAAGCAUCUUGUUGUCUUGCUGCUGUAUCCGUUGUACUUGUAAGUUGUAUGUACACGAAUCUGAAUUCGCUGACGCGUGCCACUUGUUGAAGUAAUUUUUUAUUUUUUUGCUUAUAUCUAUAUAGAUAUAGACACAGAUAUAAAUAUAUGUAAA